AUGCGAAGCCCGGGCACCCGCGGUGGGGCGGGGAGCGUGUGGGUAAAGAAGCCACCUGUGAUCUCUGGCCUGAGGGACUUGGAGACCCACGUAAGGAGGCACCUCGCAGCCAAUCCUGCCCUCUUUUGUUGCUCGACCCCUGGGCGGGCACUGCAGGCACAGCUGAGAGCCAAGCUGGAGGUCAGCCAGCAGCAGGCCACCCAGGCUCACGCCCAACUCCAAGAGCUACAGCAGCAGAAGAACCAGAUCCAGUUUUCUGCCUGCAACCUGGCCUCAGUGGUCUCGGGCAAAUUCAGCCGCCUGCUGCAGGCCCUGGAGUUGCGUCGGAUCUCAGCACAAAGGGACAUCGAGGCAGCCCAGACACAAGCACUGGCACCAGCCCUGGAUGAGGAGCAGCAGCUGCAGGGCCACCUGGAGGCCCUGGCUCAAUAUGGCCAGAGGGUCCAGGACCUCCUGGAGCAGGUGGAUGACCAGACCUUCCUCCAGGAAUUGCAGCAGCUCUCUGAGCCUCCGGAACCCUUUGGCCCACUGACCCCCCUGCAGUGGAACGAAGACCAACAGCUGGGCAACCUGAAGAAAUUGCUGAGCCUGCUGUGUGGCCUCCUCCUGGAAGAGGGGGCCCCUGCCACGGUGCCAGCCAGAGCUCCUGACUUGGUCCCCCUGAUUAAGGCCCCAGAUCCUGAGGCACAGGUCCUGAGUGUGGUGUGUCCACUGAGGAAGAAGCUCUGGCAGAAUUAUCGAAAUCUGACCUUUGAUCCUGACAGUGCCAACCACCACUUCAGCCUGUCCUGCCAGGGCCAGCGGGUGAUGCACUGUCACCGUUCUCAGGGCCCCGCCCGGCCGGGCAGCUUCGAGCUGUGGCAGGUGCAGUGUGCCCAGAGCUUCCAGGCAGGGCACCACUACUGGGAGGUGCGGGCCUCUGACCACUCUGUGACCCUGGGCGUCGCCUACCCGGAACUGGUGCGGCAGAAGCUGGGAACCAACACAGACAACAUUGGCCGGGGGUCCUGCUCCUGGGGCCUCUGCAUCCAGGAGGACAGUGUCGUGGCCUGGCACGAUGGGGACUCCCGGCGCCUCCCCGGAGUGUCUGCACGGCUCCUGGGCGUUGAUUUGGACCUAGCCUGUGGCUGCCUUACCUUCUACAGCCUGGAGCCGCAGGUCCAGCUCCUGUACACCUUCCAUGCCCUCUUCACCCGGCCCCUCUACCCGGUCUUCUGGCUCCUGGAGGGGAGGACCCUCACCCUGUGCCAUCAGUCUGGGGCCAAGCUCCCUCCAGUGCAGCAGGAAGCGGCCUCAGCGCUCCACUGAGGAAGGCAUGGGGUGGUGCUCUGGGCUGGGGACCGGUGCCACUGAGUGUGCCCAAGAGCUGGCCUGGGGAUGUAGUGAUUCCAAGAGAAAUAUUCUAAUGACUGUCCAAGGGACCCAGUGGCACAGUUCUCAAAGGAGUGGGCCCUCUUUUGUGUUUGUGUUGUUUUUUUUUGUUAUUGUGUACCAGGAACUGAACCCAGGGCCUUUGGCCUUUGCACUGACCUGUAUCCCAGCUUUUUUUUUUUUUUUGAGACAGUCUAAGUGUCUGUUGCCGGGCAAACUUAACAAUCCUCUCGCCUCAGCCUCCCACAGUGUUGGGAUUACAGGUUUAUGCCACCACUCAGCUGGCCUCUCUGUUUUUACACUUUAAAUAUGUGCAGUUUAUCUUCCACCAGAUAUCUCAAUAAAACUGUAGAAAAAUGAAGUGAACUAAAAUAAAGUGGAGUUAGAAAUGGUGGUCCCAGAUUCAGCAUUCAUUCUCUCCCACUCAUCUGAAGCCUUUCAGUAACCACUUCCUGUGGCUCCCUACUCCCCCAGCUCCCACAGACACUGAAGGCCCCCAGUCUGUUUGGAGACAUGGAGCAGCUGUGAGGGGCGUGUCCAGGAGACCACCCCAGCUCCUGUGGACGCCAAAAGGGUCUCAGGCAGCAAAUAAGGAAGGGACAGGCAUGGGCUUGGUUGGGUAGACACUGUCCUUGAGUCUGGGAUCGGGGCUGGACAAGGCCUGGAACUGCAGCUCAAGUGUCCCUAGGCAGGGCCUGUCGUUGGCAUGUGGCCCUGCUGGGCUGUGCUGUCCUCUCUUGACAGGCAGCAGGCAGCCUGCACACCGGAGUUCACUUUUCCAGUCCCUUUGCAGGGGACAGCGAACUGAAAGAGUCCCAGGUCUCAUGUAGCCUGGGCUGUUGUGUGUGACAAAAUAACAUACUGACCCUCAUUUACCUCCCCUGAUAACAUGCAGAGACCGAAAUCAAUGUGUGAGGAGAUGAACCUCGAGUGAUUCCAACAGAAGUAUUCUAAUGACUGACAAAUUUAUUUACCUGUCAUUAGACAUUUAAGAUAUUGUUAUGGGCCAGGAAUUUAGCU